UAGAGAUAAGGACUGCUUAAGUCACGACAUUCAGUCGCAUUCAUUGACCUUGACGGUUAACAAAGAAAGGACAGAGUUUUUGCCUACCACUGGUUGAGUCUACAAAAUGAGAACUCUCGUGGUAUUGGCUGUCCUGUGUUCAGUUGCUGAGUGCACUCAGCUUUGCUACAAGUGCAACGGAGUGCCAUCCCAAUCGGACUGCGGUGAAACUAUUAUAUGUGGUCCUCACGAGAGUUGCUAUACAAAGAGGUACACAGGACCGUCGGGUAAUUUGAUGUUUGAGUCGGGAUGCAUGGCCAAAACAGUAUGUAGUGUAAUUAACAUUAACUUCGGAGGAGCAGGAAGGAGGAAGCGAGAGUUAGUUAACUGUUUAAAAUGUUGUGAUUCGGAAGCCAUGGGAUGUACAGAAAAGAAUACCACAGCAUGUGGCUGUAAUGCAGAUCUGUGUAACACAAACAACGAUCAUGGUACGAAGUGUUUUCAUUGUGAUGACGUGUAUCACCCGAACCAGUGCUCGGAGUUGAAGGAAUGCUUCAGCGAUAGGAUUUGCUACACCAGAAAAAUAGAAUUGGACAGUAAUGGCGAGAAACGGUUUAGCAUGGGAUGCGAACAGAAACGGGUUUGUGACGUUUUCGAGGAAAAUGCUUUAUCGACGGACGAGGGUACCUAUUGUACUCGUUGUUGUAAUGCAAGUUUCUGCAACAUGGCUCUGUGUGGGAUACCACAACUGGUGAUACCAUCCUUUACUCGUAAACCGAACGACAGGAAAGUUCUAGACGGCGAUAUUGUUACUCUGCACUGCGAGGUGGACCCAAAGUCUAACGCUACCAUAACAUGGGCCUUCCAGUCGUAUACUGGUUUGUCAACUGCCAUUCCUAGCUCCGCCCAAAUCAUGCAAAGGGGUACACGGGUACAGAUCCGUGUCACACGUGAUGUACUUGGAUCUUGGACUUGUACAGCUAAAAACUCAGUAGGAACAUCUGCAGCUGUAGCAAAGAUAUCGUCCGCUCUUCCAGUGGGGUCCGGUUGAUGUUUGUAACAACGAUAUGCGGACAUCCUUACCUGCCUAACGCUGGACGAUGAUAAUUUGUUACAGAACUGAUGUAAUAAAAUCCAUUGUCUA